GAAUUGAGUUUGACACCCCUGUUUUAGAGGGUCAAACCCCCCCUGUAAUUAGCACCCUGUGUAUAUAUGAUACAAAAAUCCAUAGAGCUCAAUGGGAAUUAGCCUCAGAACACAUUAACACCCAGAACACAUUGCGAUGAAAAAUAUUAAGUGUAAAUUUUACAUUUUCACAUUGAGUGAAAUGUUCAGUAAGUUACGUUACGGACUUUCAUGGCGGUACAUGUGCUGGGAUAUGAAUUACAAAGGUGCUUGAUUUAAAAUUAAUUGUGCUUCAAAAAGUCCUUGAACCAAAGCCUCGUCAAGACUUGUUUUAAAGUCCACAUAAAUCGAAAGUGGUGACCUUUUCUUUUCAUACUGAGAUGCAGUUCUUAGACAAAAGGAAUAUUAAGAGAAAAUAGUGUGUGGCUUGUUUUUUUCUACUGUGAGCCGAUUGGAUGUAGUAAAGUAGGCAUAUUUUAUUUUAAUGUGCACUUUAACACUACUAAUAUGUUUGUUCUUACGCUUUGCUGUGUCCGGUCAGCGUGAGUGUAUCUCUGUUCAUGUGGGCCAGGCGGGAGUUCAGAUUGGCAAUGCGUGCUGGGAGCUCUACUGUCUGGAGCACGGCAUUCAGGCAGACGGACACAUGCCGAGCGACCACACCACCUCCGGCGGAGACCAGUCCUUCAACACCUUCUUCAGCGAGACCGGUGCUGGGAAACACGUUCCAAGAGCGGUGUUCGUGGACCUGGAGCCCACUGUCGUCGAUGAGGUUCGAACUGGAACAUACAGACAGCUGUUUCACCCAGAGCAGCUGAUCACUGGCAAGGAGGACGCCGCCAACAAUUACGCCAGAGGACAUUACACCAUUGGCAAAGAAAUCGUGGACCUGGUACUUGACCGUGUUCGCAAACUGUGCGAUCAGUGCACUGGACUGCAGGGAUUUCUCAUCUUUCACAGCUUCGGCGGUGGAACCGGUUCAGGUUUUGCGUCUCUUUUAAUGGAGAGAUUGUCUGUUGACUACGGCAAGAAAGCCAAGCUUGAGUUUGCUGUAUAUCCUGCACCACAGGUUUCCACCGCAGUGGUCGAACCCUACAACUCCAUCCUGACCACACACACCACCCUGGAGCACUCGGACUGCGCCUUCAUGGUGGACAACGAGGCCAUCUACGACAUCUGCAGACGAAACCUGGACAUCGAGCGGCCCACAUACACCAACCUCAACCGGCUAAUCGGCCAGAUCGUGUCCUCCAUCACUGCCUCCCUGCGCUUUGAUGGAGCCCUCAACGUGGACCUGACAGAGUUCCAGACCAACCUGGUGCCAUAUCCGCGCAUCCAUUUCCCGCUGGUCACCUACGCGCCGGUGAUCUCAGCAGAGAAGGCCUACCACGAGCAGCUGUCUGUGGUGGAGAUCACCAAUGCCUGCUUCGAGCCCGCCAACCAGAUGGUGAAGUGUGACCCUCGGCAUGGGAAGUACAUGGCCUGCUGCAUGCUGUACCGCGGAGACGUGGUGCCCAAGGAUGUCAACGCCGCCAUCGGAAGCAUAAAGACUAAGAGGACCAUUCAGUUUGUGGACUGGUGUCCCACAGGCUUCAAGGUCGGGAUCAACUACCAGCCGCCGACUGUAGUUCCAGGAGGAGAUCUGGCCAAAGUCCAGAGAGCAGUGUGCAUGUUGAGCAACACCACAGCCAUCGCCGAGGCCUGGGCCCGUCUGGAUCACAAGUUUGAUCUCAUGUACGCAAAGAGAGCCUUCGUGCACUGGUAUGUCGGAGAAGGCAUGGAGGAGGGCGAGUUUGCGGAGGCUCGGGAAGAUUUAGCCGCUCUGGAGAAAGAUUACGAGGAGGUGGGUGUGGACACUAUUGAUGGAGAAGGAGAAGCGGAGGGAGAAGAAUAAAGCUUGAGUUCACUACUAAAGUUCCAAUAAAUAAUAAACAUGGACACCUUUAUUAAUCUUUUAAGCAUUUAUUAAUCAGCAUAAAAAAAUUGUAGUCACCACUAACUAAUCUAAACAGCUACAAUAUACAGUACUUUACAUAAGGAGUGUUACAGGUUACUGCGCUAUUGAUAAACAGUUCAGAGGGUUCUGCACCAUUAAUUGUCUUGAGAAACAGAAUUAAUUGUAAAUGGCUUUGAAGAUUCAAAGCACGACGACUGUGAUUAAAUGCUUUAUUCGUCUUCAUUAAACGUCACUUGUUUG